CUCGUGACAUACUGCCUUCUUGAGUCUUAGGAAAGCGCUGAAUUUGGUUCAGGGCCACAUUAUAUUAUCGUCACUUAGUAGCAAAGAGAAAGACCGAGGGAACACUCUACCUCGCGGGUGGCAUCGCGAAACCGCACGUACACAUGUGCCAAAUACGUUGAUGACGAGAACAAGCAGAGUGAAAUUGGUGACUCAGAUUUCAGGCGGAGCGAACGAAGAGCGCAGGCUUUAGCAAGUUGUUUUCGUGGCAUGGUCGUUUGUAUCUUUUUUUUUAUCAUUUUCAUUUGUAUGUUUGAAAGAAUUAGGUGUUUAGCCCGAUUAUUUUUGAUUGUAGGCCGAUUACUUUAUCAGCAACAGUUUUUGAUCACGAGCGGCGCCAGUCAUUGCAAUCCGGGCCAACACUUGGCCUUGUGAGUGUGUCUGGCUGCGUGCCCCUAUAUUUCUACAACGGGCGACGCUCGGGACACAGUCGACCUUCGAUAUUUCUCAACAUAUCAAUCGAAGGAAAGAGAGGUCGUGAUCGCGAUGAAAAGUUGAGAGCAUCACUUUUGAUACGGUACUUAAUCCGGAUGCGGAGAUCCGAAUCGGUAUCCAAGAAAAGAAAGAUGCGAAAAAAAAACCACAUGCAAUAUAUUUAUAGACUUUGUUGGUGCUUCCAACAUUAUUUUGUCGCGUCAAUCAGUGUUUUUUUUUGUACUAACAUAGAUACAGAAGUAGCAAGUACAUCCAGCAUUCAAAAUGCCGAAUUCGAAGGACACUGCUACACUGAAGCGACCACGGGACCACGACGAUUUUCACAGUGUUAAAUCCUCGCCUAGCUUCGUGGAUGGUAAGGACUUACUUUGGCGAGUUCGUCAUUGUGUGUAUGUAUUUUUCUUGAUGAUAAUGAAGUUCACAAGCAAUCUAUUGGGUUGCGAGAUGAGGACAGAAAAAUUUUGUGCGAGGCGGAAGAGGUGGAACAUCAUAAUGUAGUAAUAAGUCAAAUUAUAAUUCACAGCACCGGACAAGCGAACACUUUUUACGAAAGAGAACGCUGCUGCGACCAAGAAAGCCAGAGCGAAGUCCCAGGUGCAGGCUCUGCUCGCGACAGGGAGAGGUAUAGCACUACACUCUCACUGGUGGGGGAAUGAUCAUAAUGCCGGUGAUCCGUCUCCUGGAGUUGACCUUUGCAUGAAAACGGAGACCAGACUUUUGAUAUUCUGAAAAGAGAAAUGCUAAAGGAAAGCGACCACACUUUUACAUUCUUCGAAAAAACAGGGGUCAAAGACGUUGUGGAGAUCCCGUCGGCGCCAAAUGCAGGGUCAGCUGCGUCGAGUGUCGAGCCCGUCCAGACCCGGCCACUCAAGAAGCCCAGCCCAGAGCGAAAACCGCCGAGCGUGAAGGAGGCGCAUGUGAUCUCAAAGUCGCCUGAGGCUAAACGUAGAAAGCGAGAUUCCGGCCCCGGUUCGGGGAAGAAGGGUGGACAGGAGGGCUCGUCGCUCGCGCACCAGGACUGAGGCUGCAGGAAGUUUUACGCUUUUGCCGCAAUGAAGAUCUUUACAGAGGGUUGCUUUUGCUCCACUUUUUGCGAGAUUUUGGAAAUGAACUUGAAGAACGAUACCAGCUGUAAAUCAGUGCUCUGCAAUGUAUCAUGGCAAGUAUUGAGCUCCUUGCAACCUUUCUGUAAUAUGGUAUAUUUUUGUUUUCGGAACUGCUACGAGACUUCCUCUUGCUUCUGAACAAUGAUCAAGUUUCAAAAACACGGAGAGUGACAAAAAAUUCUUUCGGAGCUGCUACUAUCUAACCGAAGGCACCACUGCUUAUUGAGGGCAGAAGACAAACAGAUUCGCACUGCAGCAGCGGAUGCAAGAGACAGUUGCUCUUUGUAUCGAGGAUUCCGACAUGGCGGUCGUCCUGGCUGCUUCAGGAAUUUGUU